UAUAUAUUGAGAGAGAAAAGGGAUAGGUAAGAGGUAGAGUGUGGAAGGACAGAACAAAGUGAAAACCAGGGAAUCAGACGAGCAGGAAAAUUACUUUGUUGGCAAAGGGAGUAAGGUGAGAACCUGAAAGUUACUUCAGUAUGAAUUGCUAAAAUUUAUUUUGUUAGAUCCUGUCCUGAGUUUUGAGGAAAAAAGAAUAAAUUAAAAGGAAAGACGCAAAAGGUGACGGACUGGGUGAAUUAAUCCCCACCUGCACAGAAAUGUCCUUUGCCAUGUUAAGAUCAGUCCCCAGUCGCUGCCUCUACCCAGAGAUCAGCAUGCUGUCGGAAGGUGACGAGGAGCUGGACAGCGAGAGCUCGGGUUCAGAGACAUCUUUCAGCCUGGGACCUUAUGGUGGAGGUGCAGGAAAGAGGAAGAGGAAAGCCAGGGUAACGGGAGUCAUUAGACAGAGACAAGCCGCAAAUGCCAGAGAAAGAGACAGGACCAACAGCGUCAACACGGCCUUCACAGCACUUAGGACCCUCAUCCCCACCGAGCCCGCAGAUAGGAAACUGUCCAAAAUAGAGACCCUGCGGUUGGCUUCCAGUUACAUCUCACAUCUGGAUAACGUGUUGCUGCUGGGAGAGGCUGGUGAUGGACAACCCUGUCACACAAGUGCAUCCAGCUACUAUCCUGGCACCAGGGUCACCGAGACAGAGAGCAACCAACCCAAACAGAUCUGCACCUUCUGUCUGAGCAACCAGAGGAGAAUGAACAAAGACCGAGACAGAAAGAGCACAAUUCGAAGUUAACCAACAUAACAAUUACGUGACCCACAAACUUUGCAAGCUAGCGGCAGACUAGGAGGAGCAGUACUCGAGAGUACAGCCGCUAGAAGGGAUAGAACAUAAACAAGGAGCAUGUUGAGGACGAUUGUACGAGUCUACAACAAGGCAAUACCUUGACACCUGGACCUUCCUAGACUCAAGAGUUUUCAAGAAAAUUAGCGGAGACCAAGCAAAACCUCCAGGGAUGGGGCUAGGGUUCCCAAUCUGCUCCUUAGUUAAAAAACAGAUGCCAGCACACAUCCACGCUAACGCAGCUGAACUGCUGGUACCAAGGAUGAAAUUCAAAAUCAAUAUGUGACAAAACUACUAUA